UGCGACCUCCUCCUCGCCUUCUCCCCGCCGCCGCCUCUUCUUUCCGGAGCAGCCUACGUGGCCGGCUCCGGUUCUGCUAGGACUCGACGCAAGGACAGCGAGGGGCUACCCUGCACCGGGGCCCUGGUAGGGAAGGAAGCGUCUUCUGGCAAAAGGGGGUGCCCUUCCCGUCACACGCAGGAGAAGCUCAGUGAGCAGACUGGGUUCGAUGGACUAGCGACGACUUGCCACGACCUGGAGCUGCAGUUCGAGGUGUCUUGAUCCGCUAGCCGUUUCCUCCCAGAGCUCAGGGACCAGGAGCGCGGGCCAGCCACCCGGAGCCCUCUGAGCGCCGGCAUCCCUCUGCCCCUGCCUCGUCCUUGGCUCCCCUUCCACUCCUCGUUCUCCUCCAGCCAGUCGUGUGGGAUAUUUGUCCCGUUAUGCAUGCGCACCUUUCCCACCAGACCCGAGUGGAUUGUCGGCCUCAGAAACACCGAGUGGCUCUGCACACGCCUCCUCCCAGCCAGACCUGCGAGGUGUUCACCUGAUAAUACAACAGGUGGCUGGUGUACACCUUUUUGCGAUCUGAUCUAUGCCAUGUUCGCCCGCUAAGGGUGGGCCUGCGUGCACUUUGCUCAGCUGGCACCCUGGAACAUUUCACCAGAUACGAACUACCUACCUCUGCCUGAACCUGGGGGCCACGGGGAGAGAGGCUGCUUCACCUGCUACGCUGAGACCAUGGCACUGGACCCGGGCAGAUAACUAGGUCGCUGUUCCUUGGGAAGGACAUUACCCGAGAGUGACAUCCUUUUGUCCUCGUUUCACCCUCUGCCUUCCUCAAAACAGCCCCCCUUCUCCUCGCACCUCCUUAUUGGUGGUGAACUUUCUAGGAUGGUUUGCUUGAAUUCUAAGUAGGAGUCUUUGGGGUUUUUGUGUGUUAUGAAUCAAGGUAAUUGAGGUUUUUGUUUUGUUUUUAAUACAUAUUUUCUACGUCCGCAAUCAAAAUUGGUAUAGCAGAAAAGAUUUGGAGGGAGUGUCCUAUUUUCUGUGUCCUUAAAAAGGAAUUUUAAAAAAAUGCAUCCUCCCGAAACCACCACCAAGAUGGCUUCAGUUCGGUUCAUGGUGACCCCCACAAAGAUUGAUGACAUUCCCGGUCUGUCAGACACCAGCCCGGACUUCAGCUCGAGAUCUAGUUCCCGAGUGAGAUUCAGCUCCCGGGAAAGUGUGCCUGAAACCAGCCGCAGCGAGCCCAUGAGUGACAUGUCAGGGGUCACCACUUCGCUCGCCACGGUUGCCCUGGAUCCAGCCAGUGACCGGACUUCCAACCCCCAGGAUGUUACUGAGGACCCGAGUCAGAACUCCAUCACAGGGGAGCACAGCCAGCUGUUAGAUGAUGGACACAAGAAAGCUCGAAAUGCUUACCUCAAUAAUGCCAAUUAUGAAGAAGGAGAUGAAUAUUUUGACAAAAAUUUGGCGCUAUUUGAGGAAGAAAUGGACACCAGACCAAAGGUGUCUUCUCUUCUCAAUCGCAUGGCCAAUUACACAAAUCUGACGCAAGGAGCAAAGGAACAUGAAGAGGCAGAGAACAUUGCUGAAGGGAAAAAAAAGCCUACCAAGAGCCCCCAGAUGGGCACCUUCAUGGGGGUCUACCUCCCAUGUCUACAGAAUAUUUUUGGAGUGAUCCUGUUUCUGCGCCUCACCUGGGUGGUGGGCACCGCUGGGAUUCUUCAGGCCUUUGCAAUUGUCCUCAUCUGCUGCUGCUGUACAGUAUUGACUGCUAUCUCCAUGAGUGCCAUUGCUACCAAUGGAGUGGUGCCAGCUGGGGGCUCAUACUUCAUGAUAUCCCGGGCACUGGGCCCAGAGUUUGGCGGGGCUGUUGGCCUCUGCUUUUAUCUUGGUACCACAUUUGCAGCAGCCAUGUAUAUUCUUGGUGCCAUUGAAAUUUUUCUUGUAUAUAUUGUCCCCCGGGCUGCCAUCUUUCGCAGUGAUGAUGCGCUCAAGGAAUCGGCUGCAAUGCUAAAUAACAUGCGUGUUUAUGGCACAGCCUUCUUGGUCCUCAUGGUUCUGGUGGUGUUCAUCGGCGUACGCUAUGUGAACAAGUUUGCCUCACUCUUCCUGGCCUGUGUCAUAGUGUCCAUCUUGGCCAUCUAUGCUGGAGCCAUCAAGUCUUCUUUCGCCCCUCCGCACUUCCCGGUUUGUAUGCUGGGUAACCGGACCCUUUCGUCGAGACACCUUGACGUCUGCUCUAAGACUAAGGAAAUGAACAACAUGACAGUCCCGUCAAAGUUGUGGGGCUACUUCUGUAAUUCAAGCCAGUUCUUCAAUGCCACCUGCGAUGAAUAUUUUGUUCACAAUAAUGUCACUUCAAUUCAGGGCAUUCCUGGAUUGGCUAGUGGUAUCAUUACAGAGAAUCUUUGGAGUAGCUACCUACUAAAAGGAGAGGUCAUUGAAAAACCCUCAGCCAAAUCUUCUGACGUCUUAGGCAGCUUGAAUCAUGAAUAUGUUCUUGCUGACAUCACCACCUCCUUCACUCUUCUGGUGGGGAUCUUCUUUCCCUCUGUCACAGGUAUCAUGGCUGGAUCAAACCGGUCUGGCGAUCUGAAAGACGCUCAGAAGUCUAUUCCCAUCGGCACUAUCCUUGCCAUCUUGACCACCUCCUUUGUCUAUUUAAGCAAUGUUGUCCUUUUUGGUGCAUGUAUUGAAGGAGUUGUUCUUAGAGACAAAUUUGGGGAUGCUGUGAAAGGUAAUUUGGUGGUGGGCACCUUAUCUUGGCCCUCGCCAUGGGUGAUUGUCAUUGGCUCCUUCUUUUCAACAUGUGGAGCUGGACUUCAGAGCCUCACAGGUGCACCAAGGCUGCUACAGGCGAUUGCCAAGGAUAACAUCAUCCCGUUUCUUAGGGUUUUUGGUCACAGCAAAGCCAAUGGGGAGCCUACCUGGGCCUUACUUCUGACUGCUGCCAUUGCAGAGCUGGGGAUCCUUAUUGCCUCCCUGGACCUUGUGGCUCCCAUCCUCUCCAUGUUUUUUCUCAUGUGCUACCUCUUUGUGAACCUGGCAUGUGCCUUGCAGACAUUGCUUCGAACCCCCAACUGGAGACCCCGGUUCCGGUACUACCACUGGACCCUCUCUUUUAUGGGAAUGAGCAUCUGUCUGGCCCUGAUGUUCAUUUCUUCCUGGUAUUAUGCCAUUGUAGCCAUGGUGAUAGCUGGCAUGAUCUAUAAGUACAUCGAGUACCAAGGAGCUGAGAAAGAAUGGGGUGAUGGCAUCCGAGGGCUGUCCCUUAGCGCAGCCCGAUUUGCUUUGCUUCGGCUGGAGGAAGGACCACCACACACUAAAAACUGGAGGCCUCAGCUGCUUGUGUUGCUGAAACUGGAUGAGGACUUACACGUCAAGCAUCCUCGCCUCCUCACAUUUGCCUCACAGCUCAAGGCAGGAAAGGGUCUCACAAUUGUGGGCUCUGUCAUUGUGGGGAACUUCCUAGAGAACUAUGGUGAGGCUUUGGCUGCUGAGCAGACCAUAAAGCACCUAAUGGAAGCAGAGAAGGUGAAAGGAUUCUGCCAGCUGGUUGUGGCAGCCAAGUUGAAAGAGGGCAUUUCCCACCUCAUCCAAUCAUGUGGCCUUGGGGGCAUGAAGCACAACACAGUGGUGAUGGGUUGGCCUAAUGGCUGGCGCCAGAGUGAAGAUGCUCGAGCAUGGAAGACUUUUAUUGGCACAGUUCGAGUGACGACGGCUGCCCAUCUUGCUCUGCUUGUGGCCAAGAACAUCUCCUUCUUUCCCAGCAACGUGGAGCAGUUUUCCGAGGGCAACAUUGAUGUGUGGUGGAUUGUGCAUGAUGGGGGCAUGCUCAUGCUGUUGCCGUUCCUACUCAAACAGCACAAGGUCUGGCGGAAGUGUAACAUACGAAUAUUCACGGUCGCCCAGCUGGAGGACAACAGCAUUCAGAUGAAGAAGGACCUGGCCACCUUCCUCUACCACUUGCGCAUUGAGGCCGAAGUGGAAGUGGUGGAGAUGCAUGACAGUGACAUAUCAGCGUAUACUUACGAGCGCACUCUGAUGAUGGAGCAGAGGUCCCAGAUGCUGCGGCACAUGCGGCUGUCCAAAACAGAGCGGGACAGAGAGGCACAACUGGUGAAAGACCGGAACUCGAUGCUGCGAUUGACCAGCAUUGGCUCUGAUGAGGAUGAAGAGACAGAGACCUAUCAGGAGAAGGUGCACAUGACGUGGACAAAAGACAAGUACAUGGCCUCCCGGGGGCAAAAGGCCAAGUCAAUGGAAGGAUUCCAAGACCUGCUUAACAUGCGCCCGGACCAGUCCAAUGUGAGGAGGAUGCAUACAGCAGUCAAGCUUAAUGAGGUUAUAGUGAACAAGUCCCAUGACGCAAAACUGGUCUUGUUGAAUAUGCCUGGACCACCCAGGAAUCCUGAGGGGGAUGAAAACUACAUGGAGUUCCUAGAAGUGCUCACCGAGGGACUUGAACGAGUCCUCCUGGUCCGGGGUGGUGGCAGUGAAGUGAUCACCAUUUACUCAUAGUCUGCUUCGGAAUGACUCUGCUUGGCCUCCACCAUACACGAAGACUUCCCUCGACCCUGGGAGCACCAGCCCUCUAUUACCACUCCCGUUCAACUAGAAAUGUAUAUUCCAUAUACAUCACACCAAACCAUGAAUGAGCUGGGCCUUUUACUUGUUCAGGAUGGUACAAAUGGAUCAGCUUUUUGCUCCUGGAUCAUAUAAUGCUGUCUUUAUAGAAGAAAAUGUCCCGUGAACAUCAGAGCAAUGAUCAAAUCUUAGAAGCCAUGCUUUGUACCAGUGAACAUAAAGUUAGCAUUAGCAAGCUAAGCCAGUAAACUGAAUUGCCCAAAGUGAUGCUAGAUAUUCACUUGAGGAUAGAAAGGAACCAUCCAACAUUAAAAUGAGUCUCAGAAGUCCUGGUUGAACAAUAGCCCCCUUGGGCUAGCAGUCAGACACAGGCUUAUCUUAAGCAUGCAUGGCCAAGUAGAUGGGAACCUAAUACCCUUGUGGGGCACAACCUUUAGCAAGUCAAAUGGAAAUCUUUAUAGGCUCAUGUGCUUUUCAUGUAUCCGUUGCUCUCUAGGAAUCAGUUUUCGCUUAGGGCCCUAAUGUAUAAAAGCUGAAGCCUGGCUGCAGCCUCAGCUUCCUGCAGCACGAGCCCUCCAUGAUGCCAGAUCCCAGGGUAUAUACUGUGCCGAUGUGCACUUCAGUUGUCUCUUUCUCCAACUCAGAAAACCUAUUCUAUAGUUGUAACAUGGCUAAUGUUUUACUGCUAAUUGCUUUUGAAAAAAGUAAAUAAUUCUUCAGAGACUUCAGAUGGUUGAGGUAAAGGAACCCCAAAGUAGCUCUUUAACACUUAUUAAAAUACAGCCUAUGGUUAUGUGACAGGGAUAAAACAAAGGCUGUUAUCUAAGAAAUACAACUCCUGAUGAACAUUGACUAAUAGGUUCCCCUCUUGUCUGUCAUGUCCUCUAGUUCAGUAAUAAGCAUCGGUCAGAAAAACCAGAGGCACACACACCAGGAAGACUGGCCCGGAUCGUGCCCUAAAAGGUCUGGACUAUCUUGUCAAGGGGGAAUCCAGCAACGGACCUGCAGUUAUAGAGCCAUACUCAUGUACCUGUAGUGCCAGAGUUUCCGAGCUGCUACUCUCUAGUUCUGUUGCUAAAGUGAAAUAUGAAUUGGCAUUGGCCUAGUUGAAGAAACUUCUUUCACUAAAAGCCUGGGUGUCGUCUCCAAGGCUAGUGAAAAGUUGAGGUGUUCAACUAUGUGCCUCGGACAUGAGCAUUUCCCUCUUGCUUUGAAUUGUAUUCUUCAUUCUGACUGCAGCAACUUGGCUCUGAGCUGAGGUUAUCCAAGCCUGCUACUUCCGUUUUGUUCCAGAAAGCUCUAAAUGUGCCAAGGAAAUACUUCUGCAAGCUUAGCUGCCCCUCAUCCACCCCUAGCUAAUAAAACACUCAUUAAAAGUCCUGACUCCCAAGCAUAGGACACUUUUACCUGUCUGGCUGAGCAAUAAUUUCAGAUGUGUACUGAAAUCUUUAUUUCAAAUGAUAGGUAUUUGGGAAAAAUGUAUUCUUGCCACACUUGUGGCUGUUUUAAAGUUUCGCUUUGUUGUUACCGCCACUCUUUGAUUAGCCAGCAGGAUAUGGAGCAAGUUACUUAGGUGCCAGGAGAUUGUUCACUUGACCAUUAGAAACAGGAAAAUCCUUCAACAGACCUGAAGAAAUUGGGUCAUUUUGAUUUGUUCACUUUGUUCUCCCAACAUCUAAGCCCACUUCGGAACUUUUUCUCCUUCUGCAGGAGGGUAGUAGUACUGUUUACAAGUCUCACUGCAACACUCCGUUGUUGAGUACAGCUAAAUCCAGCAUGGAUACUAGGUCUUGAAGGUCAGUCUGCCAAGAGUUUCCUUGCAUUCACACACACACCUGGCCAAAGUGCUAUGGUUAUUCGCCCCACCCACGACAAAACUGGUCCCACUAGGUGACUUUUAGAGGAACUCAUCAUCAAAACUUUGUAAGAAUCUUUUAAAAAGGUAUAAGGGAUUCUGUGGUUAUUAAUGCAAGUGGCCAUUACAGCAAUAAGUCAUUGGGUUAUGAAUGUCCAACUUAAGACUUGCCCAUUGAUAUUAUGUAAAUGGGCCUAGUUUGGAACUGAUUAAACAAGGCCCUGUUCACCACCAGACAUCACAGUCACCUUCACCUGCAGCUUUUUAAGUCACUGACAAGGCCAAACCACCUCUGCCCGUUUCGACUUGCCUACAAAUUUGACUUAGACACAGGUAGGAACUUACCUUGUUUGUAACUAGGGAACUGCCUGUACUCUACUUCAAUCCCUAAAAACACAAAAUCAUUGUUACAUGAAAGAAUGGUUAUCAGGCCAGGCUUAUAUUCAUAUCUUGUCUACAGCAUUUCAUGUCUUUGUGUUGUUUGUCUGCACAGUGUCUUGUCUGAAUCACUGCACAUAAAGCAAUACUGAAAACUUGGUAAGAAAAUGCACCUUAGGGGAAAGGGGCUUUGUAUUUCAAGAGGGAAGAGAAAGACCUCCUGCCUAUCACAUAAGACCAGUCAGCUUUUGAAGCAUGAUUUCACCAGGACAGGCCAUACCUUUAAAUGCCUGCGAUUCCUGCGGCCCCACGAACCCCACCAAUCCUCAUUUCCCCAAACAUAUUAAACAGUCAUUACUGUGGGUACUAAAUGUAGUAACUACACCGAGUCUGUGCUCCUUUGUCCAGUUUUUCCUUUCAUCAUGUAUAUAUAGUCUGAAUCCAGCAUCAGUUUCUCCCAUCUUCCACUAGUGUCUCCAGCAGAAAUGUUAUGUUCCAUCUUGUGUUAAAUAUAAGUGAUAUAUUAAGCAAAAUAGAUUUAUGGGAAACGUGCAACUUUUUUUGUUCGGACAUUUAAUUUAUUGAGAGGAAAUGCUGCUGUGAUUGAUUUAGCAGCAACUGUUCUUUUCUUUACAGAGUUAUAGUUUUAUUUGUUGUUUUGCUCUGUACUGGAAACAUAAAUAAAGUUUUCUACAUUAUUUUCA